AUGAAAAGAAGAGGCUUUACCCUCGUCGAACUCUUGGUCGUAAUCGCGAUCAUUGGUGUCUUAAUCGCCCUGCUUUUGCCCGCCGUUCAACAGGCACGCGAAGCAGCCCGCCGGAUGCAGUGUACCAAUCAGCUGAAGCAAUGGGUUCUCGCAACUCAUAACUAUCACGACACUUACACAAGAUUCCCAACAAGUUGGCAAGGGGGUUCCAAUCAAUGGUCCGCCCAGGCACGCUUGCUGCCGUAUCUCGAGCAAAAAGCGCUUGAAUCGGAAAUCGAUUACGCCGUCGAUUACUCAAAUUACCACUCCGAUACCAACCGGUUUAUCAAUGGAGUGCCACUUCCGGCGAUUCGCGUUGAUCUGUUGCUUUGCCCUUCCGAGGUGAAGGAUCAAUUGCGACUCAGCAGUGGCAACCCAUAUCACUACCCAUUGAAUUACGUGAUCAACAUGGGCGUGUGGUAUGUCUACAACGGCAGCAAUGGCGGGAACGGUGCGUUUGUGCCGACGAAGUAUCUUCGCAUGGCCGACAUGACCGACGGGACGACGAACGUGAUGGCGUUCAGCGAAGCCAAAGCGUACACCGACUACGAUCGCGAGAGCAGCGAAUAUGGCACCGCGGAAAUCAACAGUUUCCCCGAUGUCGCUGGCUAUAUCCAAAGCAAUGUCGUCGAGGGAGCGCGAACUUCCGGCCAUACCGAAUGGGUCGACGGCAAAACGCAUCAGACUGGUUUUACCGCCUUUUUCACGCCUAAUACCGACUUUGUUCCCAGCGGCGGAACGCGUGCCAUUCCGAUCGAUUUCACCAAUAAUCGAGAGAGUGUCGGUGCUUCGACGUUGUCCACCAAUCCAACCCUCGCGGCGGUAACCGCUCGAAGCUUUCACCCUGGUGUGGUGAACGUGGCAUUCAUGGAUGGAUCGGUAUCUCGGGUCACCGACACGGUCGAUCUGGGUACCUACCGCGCGAUCGCAACUCGCAACGGCGGCGAAGUCAUCAAUCGAGGGGUGGUCGUGGAAGAGCUUGUCGACUCGGAACUUGUUCAAGCAGAGAACCCGUACAUCACCAACGAAGACCAACCGCGACGAUCGCCGUGGAAAAUGCCACUGAUCAUCGCGGGCGUCAUUGCGUUUGUGGUGGUCGCGGUGAUCGUGAUUCGCAACGGAACACAAGAAGAUGCCAACCGAGCGGCCGAUUUAGUUCGCCAACAUCCGAUCGUCAUCGAGCAGUUGGGCGGAAUCGACCAGUGCUCGCACAACUUUUUCGCGAGCCUCAACGAAGGGGGCAAGCGGACCGACGUUUUGGACGUGAAAGGGCCCAAAGGCUCCGGAAGGCUGAUUACCUUCGAACUCUUCUUCAAAUAUCGCUCGAUCGUGCUGCAAACCGACGAAGGCGAAUGGGAACUGAUCGAAGGGGAUACCGACCCAUAG